AUGCUCUUCUCAGUUGAAAGUGGAUGCUGUGGGCCUAGUGCAAGUGCUUAUGUUACGUAUCAUAAAGCUGACGAUGCCCUACGUGCUAUUCAAGCAGUCAACAAUAUUGUUGUUGAUGGAAGGACAGUUAAAACUUCCCUUGGAACUACAAAGUACUGUUCUCACUUUAUGAAAAAUCAAACCUGCCCAAAACCGGACUGCAUGUAUCUUCAUGAUCUAGGGGAUGUUGAAGCAAGUUUUACGAAAGAAGAGAUGCAACAAGGGAAGCACCAAGAAUAUGAACGGAAACUACAUGAGCAGCUACUCAACAGCUAUAAUCAAGGAAAUAAAGAGAGGAAACCUACGCCUUCACCACCUGCAGUAGCAUUAAAUUCAAUGAACUGUAUGACAAUUGGUUCAUCUAGUGGAUGUUGUGUGUCUAUUUCCAAUUCAAAUACAGUGCAGGCCAGUCAGUCUUGUAAUAAGGAGGCAUGGCCAUCGCUGCAACAGGGUGUUCCAAACCCAGGAACAAAUUGUUCAGAGGAAGUCAAGAGGUUGGCCUUUGUCUCCAAAAAGGACCGUUCCUCCUCCCCCGCUGUUAGCACUAGCGUGAGUGGACAUGGCCCCAUGCGGGUGGGAUUCCUGAAAGGGAAAGAAAAACUUCACAAUUCCUCACAUGAUGAACAUCCAAACAAAACUGUUCAUUGCAAAAGUGUCUCUCACAGUACCAGUCGUGUAAAUACUAAAAGUGGCAAAGAAAGUCAUGAUGUACAGAAAAUAGCAAGAUGUCAAAUUCAGACAAAUUGUGACAUAAACGUGGUUCCUGGUGAGACUCAAGGUGCCAACGUGAGAAUGGAAAGUGAUGUACGGGAUAUCGAAACAGAAGUGAAAACAAGUGGCAGUGAAACAAGUGAAUGUACUGUGUCAAGAGGAAGUUCUGCUGGAGGAAGGGCUUUGCAGAGUCAUCGUGCUGCAACACUUUUUGAACCGGACAACAACUCUUUCUUUUCUUCAAACAACUUCACUAAGGUGUCGGCAUCUACUGCUGGUUCAGCAGGUUCAGACUGGCCAUUAAGCAGCUUGACUCUCACGCACAUGCCCGAUGUACUUCCUCCUGUACAUUCAUCAGAAGACUGGCAAGCUGCCUUCGGAUUUUCUAAUUCAGGGGCUGCGGUUCCUGCGAAUGAAGCGGACAGUCCAAAUCGUCAGGUUGUGUCAGAAACUCCUUCAUCGAGCUCUGAAUACAGUGGUGGAAAAGAUGGUGAUAACUGUGAUCCUGUCAGUUUUGAUUCACAAAAUGGACAGCAAAUUUCAGUUCAAAGUUUCAAUUGCCAUAGUAGUCAUUCAUCAUCUUCUGAAAAUGUAUCUUCAAAUGCUGUACAAAAUUCUGAAGAGUACAGGUUAAGUGAAGUAGGCCAUUUAAAUCAUAAGCUCAAUGAACUCAUGUUAGAGGAAAGUGUGAGCAAUGGUGUUGUGAGUGAUGAUACAGCAGGUCCAUCAGCAGGAUGUGAAAUGAGUGCUGAGGAAAUGACACUGCAUAGCACUGCCAAUUGUGAGAAUCCUAAUGUGGUUCCAUGUAGUCAAAGUCAUUUAUAUCCCAAUAUGCCUUCCCCUGCCUUUGUUCAAGAUCCUGCAGUUUUUAUGGUGAAUAGACAUCCAUUUAUUCAAUCAGGGAAUCAUGUAAUCCCGAAUGGAAUUCAACCUGCACAGGCAGCUAAAUUCCUCUCAGAGAUUCAUCUCAGACAGCAAAGUCAAGUGCAGAACUCGCAGACCCCUCUACCUGUACAUUUACGUAAUCAUCCUGUUUUGGAAGGCACAACUUAUAGUAGACAUGUUAUUGAAGGUGGUGUGAACAGUAAAUUUGUUUUAAAUACAAACAAUUUUGGAGGCACAGGAGAUGGAACUAAUUUAUUGACAUAUUCAAAAACAGGGCGAGACGUUCAAAAGCUUCCUGCUACGACAAGUAGUGAAAGUGAAGAAAACUCUGGUGUUAGUGACAAUGAAAAAUAUUCUAAUUACGAUACUUUAGAAAGACAGACAAGUUGUGAAAAUUCGUCGGAUGAAUUUGUUGAAUAUAAUGGUGAUAGUGAGAAUAGUGCCCAAGAAAACAACGAAGAAAUGUCUCCAAAAGAAAAUCAACGUGCUACAGAUGAUGAUCUUGGCUUCGACCCAUUCCAUGAAACUCAGAAAGCUCUUGCAGAAAUGAUGGAGAAAGAGAACAUGAUGCUUAUGCUUCAAGGGCAACAGAAUCAUGUUUCACAUCCUAAUUCGCACAUCAGUCAUUUGAACCAGCUCCAUCAGCAGUAUCACCAGUUAAAUCAUAUGAAUCACCAUCCAGCACAGUUUACCCAAGCAACAAUGUUUGGCGGGACAAAAAUAUUACCUAGCUGUCAUGCACCUCUUCAGCCACACCUUCUACAAAAUAAUCACAGGUUACAAACAAAUGUGGCUGCUGCGAAUACGUGUAGUAAGAUGGAUGGUUUGGCCCUGGGUCCGGGGCCUGGCCCAGGGUCUGUCCCACCACGUGCCCGGCUGCCUCCCCCAGGGUUUACAACUGCACCAAAUCAUAUGAAUGCAUUUGGUUUGGGAAUUCCCAGAGCACCUACGAAUACUGGAAGCAAAAUUCUUCCAUUCAUGGGAUUGGGUAAUGGUACAAGUUCAACAAAUACUGGGACUUCCUCACCUAUACCUCAGAAUUUAAAUUCAAUAUCUGCCAAUAUAAGUAUAUCAUCUGCUUUAAACGCCCAGCAGAAUGUUAAUAAUGUUAAUCCCACCCCUUUGUUAUUUCCUCAUUCAAAUAAUCAUACAAGUACAGCAAGUCAGUUAAACAGUACUUUUAGUGCUCAGAAUGGUGCUGUUGCUCAUAGUUCUGCAGUUCCAAAGUCAGCAUCGGAUAGCUUUAAUGCAAAAGAAUGGCCUGAUAAUUUAAGGUCAUUACUUCCAAACAUAAAUACUGGAAGUGGAGUUAGCCAAAGUCCAGUGCCUGUAGCGUUCUCAGGAAGCAAUACUCCCACUCCUCCCUCUCCGCCCCCACCCCCACCGCCUAGUAGCCAAAAUUCAUCGUACGCUGUGCCAGCGCAUACUCCGGCACAGUCAAACCCCGUUAAAACAUGGACUGGAGCUGGACCCUGUUCUGAUUGGACUGCUUUAGACCCAGCGAUAAUGUCUUCAAGGCCUCACAGCAUCUUUUCCUCAAGUUCUGUGACUCCUCAACAUCCCAUUAUUUUGUGCAACACAAAUUCGGUUUUGAAUCAACAAAGUCCAAAUACCCAGUAUUUACAUCUACAAAAUACAACUCAUUGGUUGCGAUCCCUAGCUUCUGAUGGCUGUCUUUUGUAUGGUGCGAACAUUAGUCAGAAUAUGUCCAAUUCUGACUGGACUGUACAGAGUCAUCAUUCUAAUUCUAUAGCUCCUCCACCUCCUGGUUUCAGUCUACGAAUGACUACACAACAAACUGCUAUUCAAAAUAAAUUGGCUGUGUCAGCAUCACAAGAGAUUACCAAAAUUGAAAGUGAGUUAUGCAAUGAUUAUUGUUAGCAUUACUGUUCGUUAUAAUUGUCUGAAAAACAGUAAUACUGGGAGUGUAUGUGCACAAGAAAAUGACUACUAUUAUUCUUGUAAAAAAGUCUUUUAAAAUUACAAAUUUGCAAUUAUAAUUGAUGUAAAGAUCUUUCAUUCACAUAUGGUGCAUGUAUGCUGUGAAAAUCGUGGUUAUGUUACCUUGCCAAAAUGUUCGUAAUGAAAUUGUUGUAGACAAAGUUCUUUCUUUGAACCUUGAGCACAGAUAACAAUAUUUUAUUGUAUAAGUGGGGUUUCUUAACAGACGCUUAAUAAAAUUCACAUAUGUGCUUAAACUCUCAGAGGAAACAUUGUAAGUGUGCUGCUUCUGCCACCUAAUGGCACUUGUUCGUACUUCUUUAAAUGGUACACACUGCAAUAAUUGUUUUUGCUAAUCAUGUUUCUACAGAAUUUCAAGUGUUUUGCUAUAACUAUGUUGAUUUCAGUCUUCUUGAUUGAUUGCAAUAGUUAUGGUAUACCUUUAAAAGGUGCUACUUCGUUUUCUUUAACUAUCUUGUAUUUUCAUGUACUUAAUUUUCCUUUGUGACAGUUUUGAUCACAAAAAAAUCAUUGCAACUUCAGAAAUGCAUGUCUUUUGUAAUUCUGAUCUCUUUUCUUCCAGAUAUUUAAAUUGACCACAAUUACAAUAGAAGAUAUCAACUGCUCGUGAAGACAAAUCGAUUCCAAAUUGAAGCCUUUUAUUCUCCCUCCUUCUUGCCUUUCUAGCUGCUAUUUUCUCAACGUCUAUUCUUAUUUCUCUUCAUUUUGGCAUGCCUGUCUUCAUAUGGAUCCUUUUCCUUCAUAACCUGUAUUUUUAUGCUGUUGGCUGUUUAUACUCAGUUUUACUUGAAGGGAAUCUAUUUAAUGGAGCCUAAAUGUACGAGGUUUAGACUUGUAUAUGCCUUUUCCAAGGAAAGCUUUCUAGAUACAUGUGGAGAAAAUGUACUCCAAUGUGAUCAGUCUCUCUUUUUUUAACGCAAUUAUUACAGUACUAAAAUUGUUGUUUUUUUUAAACUUCUGCUGUUGCAAAUUAUAUCAACGUAGAACUUCAAGUUAUCUCACAUGACCAUUAUGGGUUUUAAUAAUUUUGUUAUACUUAUGUUAAUAAUUUAUUUAAAGUUUUAUUUUAUAUUCAAUUUUUUCGUUGCGUGCUUAUACAAGCCAUUAAUUAUCACACCAAGUAAUUUAGUCUUCAUACUCGCUUGUGAUGUGUGAAAGGAAUUGCGGAACACUGGGAGAAUGCUCAGGAAAGUUCGAAGAAAGUAUUUUCAUAAAUUUAAUAUAAAGGAACUAGGAAAAAUGUUCACAUUUACAAUUGGUUUUUUUGUUUGUUUUUGUAUCAUUACUUCUUUUGUUGUUGUAAGGGUACUUGUAAGUAAUCAAAUCUAGAAUUAUUGCUGUCUGAUUUCAGUCGGUGCUGGUAUUAUAUUUGGUAAACAAAGAUUUAAUUCAAUAGAAGUAAGACUUCUUUCAUUUUGUUUUUUCACGGAUUACGGCCCAGCAGUAAGUAUUACCGAGAAAGAAACGGACAUGAAAACGGUCUGAAGAAAAUAUUUCUUCAGAGGGUAAAGGAAAAGGACUGUGAUUGUCUCUUGCCUUUCCCUUCAAGGUGUUGCAAUCUACUAGUAUAAUCCUGUUGCAAUGUAUGAUUAUGAAUGAUGAAAACAAUGAAAAAAUUUUAUAGGAAAUGCAUGUUAUUUCCUUGUAUAUUGCAGAGAAUUUAAAGGAUGCUGCUUUGUAAUUGGUUAUAAUUCUGAUAUUUUCUGAGAACAAAAAGGAUUGCAUAAAAAAUUCCCUACUGAGCAAACAAUAAAAGCAGUGAAAAAAUAUUUGUGUUAUGUGAUCUCCAUUUCUGUUCCUUCCCUGGUGGCAAGUAAAAUUCCUUGAAAACAAUAAUUAAAGUCAUAUAUAUGAGGUUUUCGUAAGAUAUUAAUUGAGCAGUUAAUCCUAUUUCUCCUGCAGUUAUAUCUACCUCAUACAGAAGACAGCAAACAAUCCAAAAGUCUUUGUGAUCAUAUACUUUAUAUUGUUGCGAGGAGGUGGGGGUGCAAUGGUGAUCGACAUCAAUUCCGAAGUGCGAACAGACCAUGAUCAUUGUUCCCAUUAUGAUCCUAGAAAAGGUAUAUUGUUUUGUUUCUGUAACAAUCUGAUGUGUGCAAAUUGGGUUAAAUUUUUAUUGUUGAAAAUAAAUUCCAGAGUUUGAAUUGAA